AACAAGAACAAGGAGAACAAGAACAAGGAGAACAAGAACAAGGAGAACGAGAACAAGAACAAGGAGAACAAGAACAAGGAGAACAAAAACAAGGGAACGAACAAGAACAAGGAAACAAGAACAAGGAGAACGAGAACAAGGAGAACAAGAACAAGGAGAACAAGAACAAGGAGAACAAGAACAAGAACAACGAGAACAAGAACAAGGAGAACAAGAAAAAUAACAAGGAGAACAAGAACAAGGAGAACAAGAACAAGAACAAGGAGAACAAGAUUAAGGAGAACAAGAACAAGGAGAACAAGAACAAGGAGAACAAGAACAAGGAGAACAAGAACAAGGAGAACAAGAACAAGAACAAGGAGAACAAGAACAAGGAGAACAAGAACAAGGAGAAAAAAAAGAACAAGGAGAACAAGAACAAGGAAGAACAAGGAAAAAACAAGAAAAGGAGAAACAGAAACAAGAAAAGAGAAAAAGGGGAAAGA